UACUGCAGUGAGGUCUACCACGACGGCAUUGCUUCAGCAAAAAACUGCGGAGAACAGUUUUUCUCGGCUCUCUCGUCCGUCUACGUUUUGUGCGCCACUCGACGACCAGCACGAAACCACAGGAAAUAUGAAGUCCCCAGACUCCGCAAUAGUGGGCCUCGCCCUGUGCGCUUUUCUACAGCUGGCAGUCGGGGUCCUCACGACCUUUCCGGGCAGCAGCAGCGGUUCCAAAACCGUCUUCCCUUCCUCCUCAGCCUCCGGUCCAAGGCGAGACGCUUCUGGAUCCAUGCUGUCUCGCUUCUCAGAGGAAGAAGAGAUGUACGCUGACCACGAUCCUGCACAUUCCAUAAGUUCGGGCUCCACAGUCAACUUCCCGGACUCUAAGGCCUCGAAAACCAGUGCCUCUUCUGCUUCGGGGACCCACAGUGGAGGAACUGGUGCGAGCGCCUCAUUCCCGAGCGGUGGCAGCCGGAGCGAGGAACCAAUCACGUUCGUUCCUCGCGAGGGAAAGGCCAUUACGUUUCAGUCCUUCCCUGGAGGUCCCGGAGACCGGGCCGCCGCCAGUAUCAAUGGUCUUCCACCCAUACACCAGAUUCCGUUCCCCGGAGGCUUCAACGGCAUGCCGAAGAGUGCGUCACAGGGACUACCGGACGCCAGAAGUCUCCUGAGCUCCCUUGUGGGACUCGGAGGCGCUAACGCAUUACCAAUGUCUUUCGGCAACGUCAACGUUAGCGACAUUGCUGCGGCGACAAACAGGGUCGCCGACGAGCUCUCCAGAAGCCUUAGAAUGGAUGUUCGGGCAGUUUCGAAGGCACUCGCCGUCGGGGGUGCAGCGUUAGGUUCUCUAGUAUUCCUCGGGGGCAUGGCAGCCAUGAUGAUGUCGGGACUGGGUUUCUUCAACUACCCCGGAAUCUACGCAGCCUAUCCGUACAGCACGACGUAUGGCACGGCCUAUCCCAACCAGUACCGUUCGGCGAAGUCUCUCAAUGGUGGGACUCAGGGAGACGCUAAGCGGCCCGUCAAUCCCAACCUCGUGCCAGCCAUCAACGAUCUUAUUGGCAAGCUGGCCAAGGCAACGCAAGAGUUUGGCAUGCCUAAGUAAACCACUCCUUCUACACUGGCAUGAGGAAAGAUGACCUCAAGUGCGAAAGAGAGAUAUCCAGAGUUUCGGAAUGCGAUUUCCUUUAUCGCGUAGCGUGAAGACGCUUCCUGAUUGUUCGCAGCACUUGGCAGUCGGUCGUUACUAUUACAUUUAGAGCAAUGAUUUUCAAUGCCACUCAAUCGUUAGCAGCACCAGUUUUCGCUUGAUCUAUCGAUGGCGAAAGAGCGAUGGUUGUCUGUGAGCUGACAGCUGGCGGCACACUUUUCGGGUGAUACUAAGAAGUCCCAUAUUUCAUGUAGGAAAAGGGAGAUGGUCCGCACAAAGCCGCCAUAGCACAGGUAGUAUGGGAAUUGACGCGUCUCAGUCGCUGAGGAAAUAAGAAAAAUCAUCUGUUCUCAGGUACUUGUUUGUCAGUGACAGUGCAGAAGCACCACUCUUGGUAAAGUUUUGUUUAUAGUUUGAGAAGCCAUCUAUCUUUUCAUUGUUUUUUUAGGCAAAGCACCCGGAAAGGCGAAAGGAAGAAGAUGGCAAGAGUUAAAGCUAGCCACUCGUUCCUUAGAAAGUCACUCUUUCUGCGUUAUGAAAACCACUUGAUUGAGUUAGCUCAUCCUAAUUCAAGAGAGAGGAUAGCGACAGUGUCUCUUUAGCUGUUCUAGCUAUUUUUUGUUUGUUUGUAAGGCUCUCCGCACAACGUUUUUGCGUAUUCGAGCCAACGAGCCGACCUGUUUUGUAUUGUACAUUCGUAGAUGGUUAGAAGUGUUGUUGGGUUGUAAGUAACCGGAGAACGAGACUGCUUGAGAUUUAAAUGCGAGACUUGAUGACCCUAAUGGAGUGCACCGGCCCUCGGCGCGUGCACAGUACGAGGAACUGACCAGCUCAUCGGGUCAGUAAGCUCCGCAAAGUCGCGUAGUGACCUACAAAACUCUGAUUGCAUAUGGAGCGCGCAAUUCGCUCGCAGAACAGAUUCUGUGCGGGUUUUUCCCUGUCCCCUGCUUCCCAGAAAAGACAGCUCGACCGAGCUGGAUGGUCACUCACUUGCAUUGUUGAGAAGCUCACAACCUUCAAGGUGCUCCUGGACUUUAACAUAGUUUAGGUGAAGGAAAAAUAUAGAUUUAAAGGGAGGCUUGCAAAAACGUCAUUGGCUCUGGAUAGACAAACACGACACAAUUCAUUUGGCUGUUUUAAGAUUACGUGUUCACUUGCAGCUCAGCAGCUUGUGACUGACACUUGCUGCCGUCUGUAUGAAAAAAAAAGCAAAAAAGUUGAUGUCCUAUGUAAGCAUUCGUUUACUUUGCGUCAAAACGAUAAAACGAUUGUGAAGUUUGGUCAAAAACCUCCGUACUCGUUGUUCAAAUAAUAUAUUUUGAACAUGAAAGUUUUAUAUACGACCAAUGAUGGACGUCUAAAAUAGUUUUUUUUGUAUUUGAACAAUACUCAAGGGCACAUACAGGUGGCACGAGCAACUAAAUGCGCUGCUUCAGCUGUGCAUGGCAGGUGGAUGACGACCUUUUAGGAAUGUACCUGUGAAGAAUGUAGCUACUAAUGACUUGUUGGAAUGUUUUUUUUUGGUAGAAGUUUGUGGGCGUCAUGCCUGUUGGUCUGCCUGACGUUCGACAGCUUCCUAAUAAUGAAUCAUCCGCGGCACAUCUUGUUUAGUCAUUACUUAUUUUUGGCCUGUGGUGCGUGCGCCCUUGGUCCUACGAGUUUUCUGACGCGUGCCUUUAUUGUACAUUGACGCCUUAUUUAUUUGUUUUGCUUUGCAAUAAACUUUCUUCUGUGUGCACGG